UGCGUCCUUCCUGACAGAGCGAGGACCCCGAGAAGACCUUCAUCGAACAAGAUGGGCUUGUGGCACGUGUGCACAUGCGUGGUGCUGGCCGUGCUGGUUGGUGUCGUUAUUGCUGCCAAUCGGGGAGAACGAACGGACGCGUUUCGGGUGAUCGAGGCGUUUUCGCGACCUGUCAGCAUCUACAAGGACAGCAACAACUCACCCUUCAAGUGCCUGAGUGCUACACGAACUCGCUUCGAUCCUCAAGCAAAAGAAGCAACCUACAUUUGGCACCUGAAAGAUGACCAUGGCAUAGCUGAAGUAAGCUGUUCUCUUUUUUAUGGCAAUUUUUCGAACUUGUUCUCCUUUCUGGUGAUAAAACUAUUGAAGAUCCUCCAAGGAUACCAUGGUUGCCAAGGCACUGCUGCGCACAGU